CCACGAUAAAUAAAUCUCGUAUAAACGUGAGCAACACCCGAUAAUCUAAUAUUAUUUUCUGUAUCAGCCCCAUCUAAAAUAAGAGUAUUAAUUUGUGUAAAUUUAUACAUGUCAAACAAAAAGCCAGCUUCUUGUAGUAACAAAAGAGAGAACAAAAUAUAUGGUACCAAAGAACCAAAUUGUGACGCCCACUAUCGAAAUACAAUAAUCCUAAAUGGUUCAACAGUCGGGAAAAGAACGAUUUGCGUUCAAUGAACCACUGUAGAAACAAAUCAUUUGGAGUCAUGAUAGAAGAAGUGGUUCCAACAAGUAAAGAUGAGAAACAAUUCCGAAUUGAUAGAGAAACAAAUUGAAACUCGUUGAAUUAUUCAAGGUAGAUAAAAUAACUCAAUUGAGUAAUCAAGGAAUCGGGAUGAGAAAUUACUCGAACAAUUCCCGAAUCAAGAGAAGUUAUUAAGUUCCAUGAAGAGGAUUUCGAAUCGAUCAUUAUUUUCAACAAUUCAGGAAUCAAAGUAACAUAUAUCACAUUUAAGUGAUCAAGAAGCAAUAAAAUAUCUUAUUCUCAGUGUGCAUUCUAUUUUUCCAAUAAAUAAUAGUGAAGAAAUAGAGAUCCUCACCGGAAGUUCAAUGCAAGUGCUAUAAAAACACCUUACUCUCGAGUCAUGCUCAAGUCUUGAAGUCUUGAAUGAGAGCAUAAAUAUACUCAACACCUAUCAAAUAUUAGAAUUAAAUAAGUUAUCGAAUGUUAACAUAAUCGUUUACUAUUCGGUUCUAUUUCAUACACACAUCCUAACUUAAAUCUUAUGCCAUAACUGACAAUCGAACAUAAUACACAAUUUCUAUGGCGUUUUAUUUACCAAAUACAACACACUCCAGGCAUCAAUUCACAUGGUACGGAGUUGACUCGUGUUUGUUUGACGAGUUCUCGAAACAAAGGUUUAAAACAUUUGUUUCCACAAUUUCUUUGAAAAAUCAUAACAAUUGGUACGAUUAUCCAAAUUGGGAACGUAAUAUGCCAAAUGAAAGAUAAAAACUGCAUCUACAUGUUCAUUGAAGACUCUGAUCAUAAAUUAUGAUCCCAGCAUAUUCAAAACAGGCCCAAAAGAUGUUACAGAAAACUGCCAGAAUUUUUUGAUCCGAAUAUUUCGAUGUGGGACAACAUUUUUUCAUUUUUAUUCCGAUUUCUGAUUUUCCCGAUGUUUUCUAAACGGAUUUGGAGUACAUAUUUCAUCCCGAUUUUCCGUCUGAUUUUAAUUUUUGAAAGUAUUUCUGAAAGUUACACAUAAUAUCAGUAUUAUUAUGUAUUUUAAAAAAUUGGAAAUUUUGAACUUCGCAGAUAAUUUCCGACUUUCGAACAAGCUUUUUCCCUACAAUUUCCAAUAUUCCGAUUUCAUAUUUUUCCAUUUCUUUUUGGAAUGAAAUGCGGAUUAAUUUUUCUCUUCCGAAGAAAAAGGAUUUUUUUUCAGAAACAUCUAAUUUCGGUCCGAUCUGUUCGACUUCCACUCCCAAUCUUUAGUCAUUAAUAAUAUUGACAACACCACACUACUCGAAAAAAUUACAAAUAUCUAUAUAAAAUACACACUAUGUUGCCUUCGCUACUGCUUAUCUUUACUUUGACCGUACAGAGAAACUCAAUCAACACGAUUUGGAACCCCGCCAAUAUUUGUUGCGUACAAUUCUCCGAAUACUCCUCUCACUUAAUGGCAUUCGGAUCCGCCGAUUAUAAAAUCUACGGCUACGAUUUGCGUCACACGAGAAUUCCAUGGUGCACGUUAGUGGCCCACGAAAACGCCGUUAGCUAUGUGAGGUAUUUGGAUCCGGAAACUAUCGUAUCCGCAUCGACGGAUAAUACGUUGAAGUUGUGGGAUUUGAAGAAAACAAGCUUAGAGGGAUUAUCCUCCAAUGCUUGCAAUUUGACCUUUAGUGGACAUACUAAUGAGAAGAAUUUUGUUGGCCUGGCAGUGUUGGAUGGAUAUAUAGCUUGUGGUUCUGAAACUAAUGAGGUUUAUGCUUAUUAUCGAUCGUUGCCAAUGCCGAUUACUAGUCACGAAUUCGGAUACGUGGACCCCAUAUCGGGAAACGAGACCAGUGAAGGAAAUGGGCAAUUCGUUUCGAGUUUGUGUUGGAGACGAAAAUCGCAAAUGGUUGUUGCCGCGAAUUCAAGUGGAAGCAUAAAGGUAUUGAAAUUGGUUUGAAGACAAGAGUUUUCAUUUUUUGAUUAAUUGUGGAGAUGAACGAACAACUUCCGUAUGAAUACGAAUACAAUUUUCUGCCCAA